UGGCCUCCUGACAAGCUGGCUGAUCCGAUAGUCUGAGGGAAGAGGUUGCUGCAGCAAAAAGUGGGUUACAUUACAGUACUGCUUUGCUGCUGGCGAUGAAAGGCCAAUAAUUUAAGAAAACAGCGCCAAGGGAGAGUUGGGUCAGCCAAGCGCUUAACAGCUCAUUUGGACACACCGCAUGGACACACUGCGAAGAGCCAUGGGGGUGUUGAUGUCCAAACGACAGGCAGUGGAACAGGUGCAGAAGGUGAGCCUAGCUGUGUCUGCCUUCAAGGAUGGGCUGCGAGACAGGCCUUCCAUCCAGCUCACAGGUGAGCUUCCAGGAUCCUGCCGUGGCAGUGUAGAGGGCUCUGUCCAUGAGGUGCAGGAGGAGAAAGAAGCAGAGGCAAGCACCCCAGUGCUCCAGAAAGAGAGCAGCCUCAAACGUGCGGCCUGGGAGAGGCUCCGAGAUGGGCGUGGAGUGGAGCCUGAGGAGUUUGACAGGACCAGUCGUUUCACACCCCCUGCCUUUAUCCGCCCUACCCGGAAGCUGGAUGAUGACAAGCCUCCAGAUAUCUGCUUGGAGCCCAGAGAGCCUGUUGUCAACGAUGAGAUGUGUGAUGUCUGUGAGGUCUGGACAGCCGAGAGCCUCUUCCCAUGCCGGGUCUGCACCAGGGUUUUCCAUGAUGGCUGCCUGCGCCGCAUGGGCUACAUCCAAGGAGACAGUGCCGCAGAGGUGACCGAGAUGGCCCACACGGAAACAGGCUGGAGCUGCCACUACUGUGACAAUCUCAACUUGCUGCUAACUGAGGAGGAAAUGUAUAGCCUCACAGAGACCUUUCAGCAAUGCAAAGUCAUCCCUGAUUGCUCCCUGACGCUUGAGGACUUUGUGCGCUACCGCCACCAAGCAGCAAAGCGGGGGGACAGUGACAGAGCUCUAAGCGAGGAGCAAGAGGAACAGGCAGCCCGCCAAUUUGCAGCCCUGGACCCUGAACAUCGAGGACACAUAGAGUGGCCUGACUUCUUGUCCCAUGAGUCCCUCCUACUCCUGCAGCAAUUGCGUCCCCAGAACUCACUGUUAAGACUUCUCACAGUCAAGGAACGGGAGCGAGCCCGAACCACCUUCCUGGCACAGGGCAGUGGGAGCACCAUCAGUGAGGCCGAGUGUCGCCGUGCCCAGCACUCUUGGUUCUGCAAACGCCUCCCAGAGGCUCCUUCCUGCAGUGUCAGUGUCAGUCAUGUGGGUCCCAUCGCAGACAGCAGCCCAGCCAGCAGCAGCAAGAGUCAGGAAAAGGCCCUGCUGCCUACAGAGCAUGAGUCCAGAUUUGUGGACUGGCCAACCUUCCUGCGGGAGAGUGUCAUCUACAUCUUGGCUGCUCGUCCCAACAGCGCAGCCAUUCACCUGAAACCCCCAGGAUAGCGUGGAGCAGAAAAGCUCAGUUCGGGGACAGUGGUGUUCUCUCCCUUUCCUUUCUCCCUUUCCCCCACCAACCUCUGGUACUGAGACUUAUGAGGAUGGAGCACUACCAACAUCUCAAUUUGUCACUAAGCUUUAUGGCUCUGAAAUCACCGUUCCCCUCACAACAGAGGCAAUAAAUGCAUUGCCACACGGAGAAGCCCUGGGAGCUAUGGCAGCACCCACACCUGGACACACACACACACACACACACACACACACACACACACACACACACACACCUUUACAUGAUAGACGGGACCCACCACUGCACACAUAUACCCGUGCACACGCACACGCUAACACACAUCUCACUGUCCAUGGCUUCAGAGACCUGGUUCUUUGGGUUGAAAAAGGACCAAAGUUCCAUUGUGAAGCCCCUGGUAUAGAUGAGGGGAUCUCUACUCACCCCUUCUAUUGGCCAGCUCUGAUCCCAAUAGAUAAGACUCUGGCCAAGUGAUUUUUAAUAAGGGGGCAUAUCAGACUCACAUGCUUUCCUGGAGAUGCUGACAGGCUCCCUCUCCCUCCACUGAAAAUCCCUUCUGUGGUGAGCCACUGUUCUGGUAGGUAUGUGCUAUGUCCCUCAGGUGUGGUGGGGUGGGGAAAUGGUUGAAAACCACCACUGCACUUCAGCCCAUUAUUUAAAUUCCAAUUCCUGGUAACAAAGAAGGCAACUAGUCUGUGGAGUCCUGAUUAGAAAAGAUGGGGGAGACCCUUCCAGGGACCCAGAAUUCUAGGAACCUCUCAGCCAGGUCAUUCAAGUCCAAAAAUCUUUAGCAGAACAGUAAAAAACCAAGGUGAGCCAUCCUGGCCCCUGUUUUUCAGAUGCCAGCUCAUGGCCCAGCGCCCAAGGGGUCUGAAUGGAACAAGUAUGGUGGCAGGAACCACAGCCCUCUGUGUUAGAUGCUUCACCCAAGUCAGCUAAAGCCUGAGCUCCAGUGAGGACAAGGUCUGGAUGGAAGAGAAGAGAAGGCUCAUGCUUUUCCAUCUUUCCAGUUCAACUCAACUGUAGACCUAGAAAAGUGUGCCAUUGUAAGGAGAACAGAACCAGCCUCUUCCACAGCCCAAGAAAGAGCAGCUCCACAGAAGCCCUGAGCAGGGACUCCAUUCAACCACCCUGACAAUGAGGACCAGAGGUUGGAGCUGAGAAGGGGAUUUGCAUCUCGGCUCUCUCAAGCAGAUAAAGAGUCCCAGCAAAGCCUUACAGAAGGAGGCAGUUUUCCCUUCUCCCCAUCAUUAAGAUAUGGCCUGAGUUGCUGCUUCUCCCCGCUGUUCACGACAUGUUCUUCCCCACCAGGCUAGGGCCUGGGCCUGGCUUUGGAGGACUUUGGGGGCAAACAGAGGCUUCCACAAGGCCACCAAGCCUGGCCUCCAGUCCCCAGCUGUUCUUCCUAAAUUCUCAUCAAGUUCUCAAGUCAGUGCAUGUCGUGGGUCAGCCCUGGCCCUUGGGUUCAGGUUUCUGUUUCCAACCUAAUUACAGGUUUAGCCAGAUCUGACUACCAAGAGUUAUUUGAGAGGGGGUUGGCUCAAUCAUGCAGAAGCUAACAUACCCCAUUGCUCAAGUAACUUGCACUAAAUUGAGUGUUUACAGAAGCAGCGUACAGUUCAGUGUUGAGGUGCUCAGAGGAAAGAGGGAAGCUGUAACCAGGGAUAUGGUACAUGGUCUCCUCCUGUAGAAACUGCCUGACCUAGAAGCACGGUGAGAAGCUUCUGGGGAUGGAUUAUUUUGGACUGAAAUGAAGCAGACGGAAGACGAAUCUAGGUUCAUGUGUAUGACUUUGAACAUUUCAAAACUCACAGCUUUUUGUAAAUACUCCUUAGACAUACUCCCAAGACUGAUCAGUGGUAUGGGUCGUUAUUCAGUUCAGCUAAAAAGAAAGAAAGAGAAAGCACAUAACUUUUUGGCCCAAGGACUGGCCUCUGAAGCAGCCAGGCCUGGGGUUUUGACUGAGAAGAUUAAAGCACAUUAACUACAAGGCAUCUUGCUUACUCUCCUGGAAAAUCACCUUCUAUGCCAAUGGCCUUGGGCUGCUUGAUCUCACGGACAGGGCAUUUUAAGUAAAGACAAGCUCUGGGCUUUGAAAGCUGAACAGUCUUUUUUCUCUGGCCUCAUCACCAGUCACAGGGACUGGAAGUCUACCUUCUUGUUCCCUGACCUUCACAGAUAAAGGUGAUGUCUACGUCUCUGGAGUUGCAGCUUCUAGAUUUCUGUGGGUGAGUGAUGAAAGACCAUGGGCCAGAUCAGGCCAGUUGAAUCCUAGAACCCGGCAAAGCAGGCCCCAGAGUUCUUCCACACAGGUCAGAGCCAUUUGGGAUUAGCUCUCCCUAACCCAGGACAGCAGCUUCUUUGAUAGUGGUAUGCUGCAGAGGGCCCCGGGGACACAGCAAAGGAUAGAGUCUCCAGUCCACAAGAGCCCUACGAGGCAGAAAAGCAUGAAAAAGCAACCAGCUGCUUCUUCGUAGGCAUCUAGUGUCUUAUCAAAGGAGAAGUUCCAUUGCUCCCCCAGUCCAGAGUUGUGGAAGCCCCACCCCAAACCCCUGACUGGGACCUCCCUUUGCAGUGUCCUAAUUCAUAGAGCCCUUCUGCAGUAUGUAUGGAGAUACUCAAACUUAUAAACCUAGUGAACCCCAUUCCCUUUCCUUUUCAAGCCCUUCUAUCACUGUGACUGAAAUUCUGUCAAGCACAAAAAUUAGUUUCUGCCUCUACUAAGGUAUGAGAAAAUGUUUCAGUCUUUUCCUUCUUGACUGCCCAAAGCUGAGGUCAGUGCUCUUCCCAAGCACCACCCACCCCACCUCCCAACCAAGGGAGACUGGGGUUAUAUGUAGGCUCCUCUGAAGACCAUCUGCCCUAAGCCUGGUUUUCACCCAGCAGUCCUCUUCUCCAUGCUCAGAUUUAAAGACAGGUGUCUGGGUGACACAGUGGAGUUGCAGUGACAGGGUCAGCUGAGGCAGUUAGCUAUGGCCAUGUAACCUCUCCAGGUCUGCUCCGUGGCUUCCUCUCCUGAGAUCAGCCUUCCCCAACAGAUGCAGGCACUGCACUUUUGACCAGUAGACCUGUUGGAUCCCAGGGAUGGAGCAUGGAGCAGUUCCCUCCCUCCUAGGUACUGACCCACUCUCAAGUGCUCUUCUUUCUUUGAGGACAGCCACAGCCAAAGCCAUGAGCACAUUGCCUCUUCCUGCCCUCAGCCCAAGUGACUGGGGCUGCAGGGCUGACACUGGCCUUUCUGGCCCUGGUGCUCCCUGUGGGAUGUCACCCUGGCCUUGUUUGAGUGGCCAAAUCUGGGGGUUCCCCCAUUCCUAUCACCGAUAUGGGGAGCACAAUCAAACUGCCUGGUAAGAGGGUACUUCACUGAGGGGGACGAGCCCAGGAUUGUGCCAAGGCCUCUUAGCCCAAAGCACAACCUCAACUACUGCAAGUCUCAUGGCUUCAGUAAGAGUGAUGCCAGGAGGCCCUAAAGCCAAGAGGCAAGCUCAGCAGAAGCUGUCUGGCAGGGCCCCAGGCUAGCCAUGACCACCCCAGAGCCAAGAGUAACCUCUAGGUAGGACUGGUAGCAGGCUCUAAUGACCCUGCAAGCAUGCCCCCUUCCAACCAGCAGAGUAAAAGGCAAGUAUAUACUUGGCGCUAAAAGGCAGAAUAACCUUGAUGCCAGAAUUUCAGGACAUCCUGGCAGCACCUGUAACCAUAACCCCCUUUUACCUCUCUAUUACAGUGGAAUAGAAUUGCUACUUUAUCCAUGCCAUUUAGUUUAAAUUUGCCCAGGAUCUCUCUCUGGGCCUCUGCCUGCAGCCCAGACAACAGAGAUCUCCCUGAGUGGGGGAUAUUAAUGCAUCAUGCCUGUUCCCGACAGCUCAGCCCUGGAGUAGGGUAGGACUGGACACUUUGCCUGCUGUUGCUUUCCUGCUGCCACUGCUUUUGGCAAACUAGAAAGGAAAAAUUAAACAGGUUAAAGAAUUUCCACUAGACCUAACUAGCACUAAGGAAAACCUUCCCUCUGGGCCACAUGCCCUGAUGACCCAGAUCAUGGAGAGGGUGUCAGGUCUGGUCUGGGCCAGAGACUAAGAAGCCCAUUCCCAGUGUGUACAAAUGGGUUGGUGUGACCACAGAUGUGAACAUCAAGGUAUAAAUAGCAAGGCCUUUCCAUAUCUAUGGUGAAACACAGGCCAUCAAGUUUAGCCUCCUUAAAGAGAUGGCCUAGGAUCUGUCUCCCAGCCAAACUCAAGCUUGUGAGGGAGGCUGUCAGUGCACUGAAGUAACAAUGGAGGAUCCAGAGCCCUGUGGUCCAUCAUGCCCUUGUGUGCUUUUCUGAGGAAGGUAAUUGACAGCUGAGGGGAACAUCCCCAAGCCCUGUCUUCCCAUCAUUACAGCUGCAUGCUCCUCCCAACCGCUCAGCCUUCACUCCAGGAGCUGAUGCUCCCAUAGGCUGGGCACAGUGGAAAUCAUAAUAAAGAGAUUGUGAUGCUA